CUCUUCUUGGUCGCAUCUUGUCGAAACGGUUAUCAUGCAACGACACGUCGCGCUGGGCCUGCUCCUACCGACGCUCGCGCUGGCGCAGACGCCAUCGUCGUCGACGCCGCUCAUCUUGGGCGUCGGUCCUGGUCUCUUUGGGCUUGUCCUUGUCGUUCUCUUCUGCGUCCUUCUCUGCCUCUGUGGGUACUCGUCAGCGCAUCGCUGCGGUCUCUUCUUCCUGAUUGCCUCCAUCCUCAUUUCAACCGUCGUCUUCUUCCUCACCGUCAAGGUCACGGCGCCAGGACAAGCCAGUGUCCACCGCCAGGAGUACAGCAACAAGGGCGUGACGAGGGCGGUUGUGCGCGCCGUCUUGAUCGCGUUUGCAGUUCUCGCGCUCAUCUCGAUCGUACUGACGCACGUGAUCUCGCCACGUCACGCGCGACGCCUUGGCGAGUGGCUUCCGCAGCGCGCUCGGGCCCGUCAGUUCUGAGAGCAACCUCUGUUCGGACCGCAACCUCAGAUCUGAUUGCAGUCUGCAUCUCAGUUCUGGUUCCGUUUUGGUAGAGACUUGAGAUUUGAUAGCAAUCGCGCUGUGAGAAUGCGACACGUUCUAGCUUGUGG